AUGGCUAGAAAUGAACAAAAGUGGACUGACCAAAGACCUGCAAAAAAACAUAAGUCAUCUUCCAGGGAAAGUCCAAGGUCGUGUACUCCUGAAACUAAUGAAAGUCAUCUUGGUGAUGAAGAGCAGGGUCCCAGCCAUACUUCACCAAAGAAAGGUAGGCCUAUCGGUAAGAAGAAGGAGAAAGAUCGCCGAGGUAAAAAUCUUGUCGCUCAUGGAGAAAACCUAUACAUGGAAGCAAUGGAAAAUAUGUGGCUCAAGAGAGAGAAGGCCGAAGAGUUGAGAGAGAUUAGGAAAAAAGAGCGUAAUGAUCAAAGACUAGCUGUAGAGACUAGAAAGCUUGAACUGAAGCAAGAAGUAGAUAAUAGGAAGCUUGAUCUAAAGCAACGAGAACUACAACUGAAACAAAGGCAGGACGAUGAGAAAGUGAUGAAUAUGGAUCUUAGUUCUUUGAGUGAGCGGCAACAAAUAUUCUACAAGACAAUGCAAGAUCAGAUCAUUGCUCGUCUUGGUGGUGGAGCACUUUGA